AACUGGACGGCGCCCGCGACCUUCUCCUUCGACUACCUCAAGAGCAUCUACGCGGAGUCGCUUUCGGCGGCGGACUCGCCCCAGGAUCGGUGCCAGUUCUUCCCCUACAGCACCUCCUUCCGCGGCCUCCGCGAGGUGUUCGACAUGCACCCCGCGCGGGCUGCCAUGCAGCCGGGCUCGCUGCCCUGGUACGUCGGCUGGAGCAACUGCGACGAGCGCGUGGCACGGGAGCUGCGCGCGCACUACGGCCGCCCCUACUUCCUGCCCAACCUGUCCGAGAACAAGAACACGGACUGGCUCUUCAUGGGCAGCAGGGGCUACGGCGCCCAGAUGCACGUCGACAACGUGCGGCACCCCUCGUGGCAGGCGCAGCUGCGCGGCGCCAAGCUAUGGUCGCUGCAGCCGCCCCCGGAGUGCCUGUACGAGUGCGAGUCGUUCUCGGUGGUGGUGGAGCCCGGAGAGAUCAUCGUGCUGGACACCAACCAGUGGUACCACUCCACCAAGAUCGUCUCCGACGACAUCAGCAUCACGAUCGGCGCCGAGUACGACUGACUUGCCGCGGAGGAAGCCAGAGCAGCGCUAGGCACACAUCGAGAACAACAACAACAUCACCUUAAACAGCAGUACCGAUUUCUGCUACCGCUUUGUUGUAAAGUUUUUACCAUUAAAUCUCUGUAUAGUUGUUGUUA